CACUAAUCAACAAUGUGUGGUAUUUGGGCUAUUUUUGGUUCUGAUAAAGACGUAUCUGUUCAGUGCAAGUCGUGUUUGGCAAUUGCACACAGAGGACCUGAUUCGUUUAGAAUUGAAAAUGUCAACCAUUUUCCGAAUUGCUGUUUCGGUUUCCAUAGGUUGGCCAUUGUUGAUGAUAUGCUUGGCAUGCAACCUAUGAGAAUUCAUUCUCUACCCCAUCUAUGGCUUUGUUACAACGGUGAAAUUUAUAAUUUCAAAACUGUUGAAAAGCAAUUCGACUUUAAAUAUGAAACUCAAUGCGACGGAGAAGCUAUUCUACACUUGUAUGAACAUGGAGGAGCAAAAUUCAUGGCCCAGAAUUUGGACGGAGUCUUUGCAUUUAUGCUCUUAGAUACAAAAAAUCAAAAAGUGUUUGUUGGCCGAGACACCUAUGGUAUCAGGCCUGCGUUCAGAAUGAUAACCAAAGACGGUUUCCUAGCCGUCUGUUCUGAGGCUAAAGGCCUUAUGGACAUAGUUCACGAAUGUCCUUAUGCCAAGGUUGAACCUUUUCCCCCAGGACACGUAGAGAGUUAUGAUUUGGCUGAUAAUGGUAAAGUUUCGUUAACAUCAUCUGAAAGGUUUCACAGCAUAGGACACCCACCAAAAUAUUUAACUCCUGCACCACCAACUGAGGGCAAAGAUGUAUAUGAAAAUAUUCGCAACCUUUUUGAAACUGCCGUAAGAAAAAGAAUGAUUGGUCAAAGAAGAAUUGGCUGUCUAUUGUCUGGAGGACUUGAUUCAUCAUUAGUCGCUGCUCUUGUAUGCAAAUACGUUAAGGAAGAGGAAAGAGGCUAUCCUGUGCAAACUUUCUCGAUUGGACUGGAAGGAUCUCCAGAUAUCGUUGCUGCUCGUAAAGUUGCACAACAUAUCGGUUCAGAGCAUCAUGAAUUCACUUUCAAGACGGAAGAUUUCCUCAAUGCUGUCAGACCGACUAUUCAAGCUUUAGAAACCUAUGAUAUUACAACUAUUCGGGCCUCCGUGCCGAUGUAUUUGUUGAGUCAAAGAAUCUCUAAAGAAACAGACAGUAUAGUUAUUUUUUCUGGAGAAGGAGCCGACGAACUAGCACAAGGUUACAUUUACUUUCAUAAAGCACCAUCGCCAGCUGAGGCAGAUGAGGAGAGUAGACGUCUACUAAACGAUUUGUAUUUCUUUGAUGUCCUGCGAACUGACAGAACUACUGCUGCCCAUGGCUUAGAAGUUCGUGUGCCAUUUUUGGAUCAUCAGUUUGACGCUUACUUUUUGUCAAUUGAUCCUAAAUUAAGACAACCUGCAAACGGCGUAGAAAAGUCACUAGUAAGAAAAGCAUUUGAGAACACCGGCCUGCUACCAAACGAGAUUCUUUGGCGACCCAAGGAAGCAUUUAGUGAUGGGGUAUCAUCUACAGAAAAAUCUUGGUUUAAAAUACUACAAGAGGAUGUUGAAACUAAAGUCACCGACGAUGAUCUGGCUGCCGCUUCCAAAGUCUUUGUUCACAAUCCCCCUAAAACAAAGGAAGCUUAUUUCUACAGAACAAUCUUUGAAGAAUUCUAUCCAAGCCAAGGUGAAUGGCUUCCCUAUUACUGGAUGCCAAAGUGGAUUGACGGUGCCAGCGACCCGUCAGCUCGUACUCUAGGGCAUUAUAAGACUGCUUAA